AUGGCUUCUGUUGGAACUUGGCAUCAACAUAUUUACAACAGCUCUCCAAAGCAACCUACCCCACACUUUGUGGCCAACAUACUUGGGCUUCAUUCGGGGCACCAACCGAACAGCUCAACAGUCGCUUGCCCUCGACAAGAACAACCGCCUGGUAAAUUGCGUCGAGUUAAAGAGAGAGAAGUGAAACAAAAAUACAACGAGCUGAAUGAUUCGGCACCCGAUAGCAAGGAAAAGGAAAUUCGGGUGCAAUCAAAAUCAGAUACGAAAGGUAGGUGUCUUCAUGCUCCGUUAAUGGGCUCGGAAAUUUGUGGCGGGUUAAUCGAUGCGGAUCAAUUUUCUAAACGGUUCUCCGCUUGCUUCCUCUUUAUAGAGUCUUCGACAGUUCAUUCCAAGGAACUCAAGAGACUUAAAGGGAAAGCUGGUAGAGAAAAAGUCAGAAAGAAAAAAGCUCGAACAACGUUCACGGGAAGACAAAUUUUCGAGUUAGAAAAGCAAUUCAAAGAGAAGAAAUAUCUGACUGCCACCGAGCGCAGCGAUAUGGCCUCUCUGCUUAAUGUAACUGAAACGCAAGUCAAAAUUUGGUUUCAAAACAGGAGAACGAAGUGGAAAAAGCAGGAGAAGAUAUGCGAAGACAACAAUGAGAACGAAAAGGAUUCACAAAGCGACAAUUCAGACAACAAAGAUAGUGUAUCGUCGGAAAUUUGUGUCGACAAUGACGAUAAAAGUUCGGACUUGGAUGAGAGCGGUUAG